AACGAUUAAGUCCGUUUUUGGUGAACGGUUCACUUUAAAGAACCGGUUCACAAAAACGAUUCGUCCAAACAAACAGUCACUGCGCUUUGCGAUAGACUCAGAUUUUGCCAACAUAAAAGAAGAACAGACUCAGUUGUAAACAAACUUAUUCUGCCAUCAAAUUGAUUCAUUUGUCUCUUCACAAAUCUCCAGAUUUUGUUUUUAGAAAUCAGAUUUAGCUGGAAACAUCAACAAUAUGAAGAUCAUUUUAAGGAUCAUUCUGUUUCUACUACCAACAUGUGGUGUGUUUGGUGCUGAAACAAAUGUGUCAUGGAAGGAGGGACAGACUGUGACUCUGAACACUGAUAUUACUGAUAUAAAGAAAAUCACUCGAAUACUGUGGAGGUUUGAAAAUGAUUUCUCUGAACUCAUUGCUGAAUUCAAUGGAAAUGAGACCACAUAUGACACUGAUAGAUUCAGAGACAGAUUGAAGCUGAACAAUCGGACUGGAUCUCUGAUCAUCAUGAACAUCAAAACCACAGACACUGGAGUUUAUAAAGCAGAGAUCAACUAUGACAGUGGGACUUCAAAGUGGUCAUUCAACGUUACUGUCAAUGGUUCAGGUUUAUCUCCAGGUGCUGCGGCAGGAAUAUCUGUUGUUGUUCUUCUGCUGGUGUUUGCAGGAGCAGCUGCUUUUGUGUUUUAUCAUCGCCACAAAUGUCUUGAUAAAAAACCGGAGGUGCAAAAAGGAGAGUUCUCUGAUCAACAAAGUCAGAUGUAUGAUGCGAAGAUGGUGUCUGUGAAGGAGAGAGAAUCUGUCACUCUAAAGCCUGAUGCUGUAAUUCAGAGAGACGAUCAGCUACUGUGGACGUUUGGACCACAAGAGACUCUUAUCGCUGAGCUCAAUGGAAAUACCAGCGAGAUCUCCACAGGUGAUUGUGCUGAUGGGAGAUUCAGAGACAGACUGAUGCUGGACUCUACGACUGGAUCAGUAAAGAUCGCAAAUAUAACAAGCAAACAUGCUGGAGUCUAUAACCUGAAGAUCAGCAACAGUACAAGAUCCUCAUAUCAAACAUUCGUUCUUACUCUCACAUAUGAACCAAAGAUAGUGUCUGUGAAGCAGGGAGAAUCUGUCACUCUAAAGCCUGAUGCUGUAAUUGAGAGAGACGAUCAGAUACUGUGGACGUUUGGACCGCAAGAGACUCUUAUUGCAGAAGUCAAUGGAAAUACCAGAGAGAUCUCCACAGGUGAUUGUGCUGAUGGGAGAUUCAGAGACAAACUGAGGCUGGACGCUACAACUGGAUCUGUAACAAUAACAAACACAGCAAGUGAACAUGUUGGAGUCUAUAAACUGAAGAUCAUCAGCAGCACAGGGACCUCAUACCAAACAUUCAUUCUUACUCUCAUACAGGAUGUGAUAUCAGUGAUGGAGGGAAGUUGUGUCACUUUAAACCCUGACACUGAAAUACAGAAAGAUGAUCUGAUCCUGUGGAUGUUUGGAGAUGAAGACAGUCUCAUAGCUCAAUUGCAAAAGACCAUAAAGACAUUCGAUGGUACUGAUGCAAGAUUUAAAAACAGACUGAACCUCGACAAGAAGACUGGAUCUCUGACCAUCACAGAUAUCAAAAACAAUCACACAGGACUGUACAAACUACAGAUCAGUAACAGCAGCAGGGGAACCUCAUGCGAGGCCUUCAAAGUGCUGGUAAACUUCGAGAAAAAGUCAGUGAUGGAGGGAGAUCCUGUCAAGCUAGAGGUUCAUGUUGAAAUUGGUAAAAAAGACCAGCUACAGUGGCUGUACAAAGAAAAUACACUUCUAGCUGAAAUCAAGGGAUGGAGCCAAGAGAUUCGUAAAUAUGAUGUUGCAGGUGGGAGAUUCAAAGGCAGACUGAUGGUGGAUGACAAGACUGGAUCUCUGACCAUCAAGAACACCAGACCUGAGCACAAUGGACUUUAUACACUAAAGAUCAACAGCAGCAAAGGGCCAUUGGACAAACAUUUCUUGAUUUUUGUCAAAGCGAGUAUGAUAUUAGGAAAGGAGGGAAACAACGUCACUCUGAAUGUUCAAGAUGAAUUAAAAAGAGAUGAUCUGAUCCUGUGGAUGUUUGGAGACGAAGACAAUCUCAUAGCUCAAAUGAAUGGAGAAACCACAGAGACCACAUUUACUGAAGCCGAUGAGAGAUUCAGAAAGAAACUGCUGCUGGACAAGAUGAGUGGAUCUCUGACCAUAAGAAACAUCACAAGCGAACACUCUGGAGCUUAUAAACUACACACUAUCAGCAGCAUAAGGACCUUUUACAGGAGAUUCAGAGUUUUUGUGUUUGGUGAAUCUGAUCCAAACACCGUGUCGGUGAAUGCGGGAGAAAGCUUAAUUUUGAUCACUAAUUUUAAUGUAAAUCGAGAUGAGCAGCUGCAGUGGACAUUUGAAGGUGUGAUUCUAGCAUCUGGAGUGAACGGAGACAUCAGUAAGACUUCAUACGGGGAAGAUAGGAGAUUCAGAGGCAGACUGGAGCUUCACCAUCAAACCGCAUCUCUGACCGUGAAAGACACCAAAAAAAGUGACUCUGGAGCUUAUCAGCUAAACCUCUGCAACAGACGAGGGAAGAAAAUUUGCUUGAAAGUCAAUGUUACCAUUUCUGGUGGGUAACUUAACUGUGAUCAACUUUAAAAUAAAUCCAUUAUUAGUUU